CCUCUCUGUAACCAUUCUCAUUAUUCUUUUAUGUUUCCAUUAUUCUUAACUGUUCCUUCGGCUCUAACUCAGAUGGGUUUUGUUUAAAGUCCAUUUUUUCGGCUUUCCCCUUCGAUUAAAAUCUGCCCCAAAACAACAAAAAAAACUAAGCACUCUCUAUUUGCACUAUUUACAGGUAUCUUUCUUUGUAAACAAGAAAACAAGAGCAAAUGGGUAGGCUUUCGACAAUCAAACUUGCAAUAGAAUCGUUUACAGUUGAUGGAGACGACAUCAUUGGGAAACUUAUCGAGAUCUGGGAACGAUUCAAAGUGCCAGUUUUGGUGCCAUUUCUGAGAACAUUGAUGUAUGUUUCUCUUGCUAUGUCUGUAAUGUUGUUCAUAGAGAUGGUUUACAUGUCGUUGGUGAUUGCAUUCAAUUAUUUGUUUGGGAGAAAGAUUGAAAAACGCUACAAAUGGGAAGAAUUUAAAGAUGAGAUUGAAUCAGGGAGCUUUGUUUACCCACUUGUUCUUGUUCAAAUUCCAAUGUUCAAUGAAAAAGAGGUUUAUCAGCUUUCCAUUGGAGCUGCAUGUGGGCUUUCAUGGCCGGCUGAUCGUAUUGUGAUUCAAGUUCUUGAUGAUUCAACGGAUCCUAUCAUCAAGGGUAUGGUACAAGUGGAAUGUGAAAAAUGGGCAUGUAAAGGUACAAACAUACAUUAUCAAGUGAGAGACAAUCGAAAGGGAUAUAAAGCAGGAGCACUUAAAGAAGGUUUAGAGCAUUGUUAUGCUAAUGAGUGCGAGUAUGUGGCUAUUUUUGAUGCCGAUUUUCAACCAGAACCUGACUUUCUCAAGAAAACUAUCCCGUUUCUUCAUUAUAACAGUGAACUUGGUCUUGUUCAAGCUCGUUGGAAGUUCGAAUGUGAAGGGAGCCCACUAGUUAGACAGAUUCCCACGUUUACUGCCACUUGA